AUGCAACGUCCAGGAUCUAAGCCCUUGGAACGUUCUGUCCGCCUGACGUUAGUGUUGUUCCUUACUCUCUUGAGUUUGAUAAGCUUCAUCAACAUCAUCCUAAGCACUAUCUCUGCCCACCGAUAUCCCGAAGAAUUGAGACGCUACAUCAAGACCGCUAUUGCCUCCGACAAUCGGAAAGAUGAUGCCAUUGCACGAAAUCCCCUUUCUUACAUUGAUUCGACUCCGGUGCCCUUUGUCUUCCUCGCCGUCGCGAGUGUUCUCGGUUCGAUCCUUCCCGUGUUCGCAAUUGUCGUCCUGCUCAGAAGCCACCACAAUCAUCCUGCCGCCCGUUACGUUUUCAGGAUCGUGGCUCUUUUGACGGCAUUAUUUUUCGCCAUCGUCUACUUCACCUGGUCAACCACGCCUCUGACAUUUCUCUUUCCUUAUGAGGCGCACUGGAAGCUUGGUGGUUGGGCUGUUGACCUCGCUCACCUCAACCUGCUGAUGUUCAUUUUGGUCACUGUGAGCACGGCAGUCCUCGACAUUCCUCCUGAGGUGUAG